AUGGCGGACGACCCCGAAUCCUCCUUCGGAAAGUGCUACUUCGACGACUCAGGCAAAGAAUCCCCAUCCCGCUUCAUCCCCUGCGGCAACGUAAACUUCCAAGGCCACAUCGCCUGCUGCCAGUCCGGCAACGUCUGUCUGUCCUCCUCCGCCUGCUAUGACGGCCUCACAGGAAUGACCUACCGCGCCGGCUGCACCGACGAAUCCUACGCCGACCCAGCCUGCCCUCAGAAAGCCCAGUACUCCGCCGAGGCAUGGUUGGGGUAUACCUACUGCAACGGCACCUCGAACGAAUGGGUCGGGUGUGACGACAACAACGGUCCCGCGACCGUCACUCCGACCUCGCCGUGCUGGUGUCCCGAGGAGACUGGCAGUGCCCGAAUCGCACCAUUCAGCGAUGGCGCGAGUCUACAAAACAUCAUGAGCCUACCGACAGCGGUGGGCGCAAAGGCACAGUGGGAGGGCGGGAACUCGCCGAGUACGGUCAGAUUGAGUGAUUCACCGCAGGAGACGGGGAGUGCGAGUACGAGUGCGAGCCGAAGUGGGAGUGGGUCGUCUUCGAGACCGGCGAGCACAUUGGUCACGACCACGGCGCAAAGCACGGAGAUCAAUGGGACGCCAACCGUCAGCACCGCUGUAGUGACGAGCACAGUCGCAGCAGACGGAAGCAGUGGGAGCAGUGGCACCACCGGCAGCACCGGCAGCAGCAGCAUCGGCGUCGGUGCCGCACUUGGCGUUCUCGCGAUCGUCGCACUCAUUGCUUGGCUGCUACUCAGACGGCGAAAAGAAAGACGGCGCAUCAAUGGUGGCGCAGCCAUGCAUUCCGGCAAAUUAGAGAAGCAGCUACCAUCAGCAUUCUCCUCUCCCGAAACACCACAUCCUACUAUCGCAGAUCGGGACGAACUGGAUGGAGCGGCGGUUGGCGCUGAGCACAAAGACUUGACAACUGGCGGACGAUACUAUGGCAACGACGGCGCAGCGAUAGCGGCGCCCGUUGGAAAGAGCGAGCUUGAUGCGGUCGACAACGAGAAGAAGUCUCCUAUCAUACCAUCGCCCAGGACAGAUGAGUUCGGGCGGCCGAGAUCAGAACUUCCGGCGGGCGCGGAGACGAGGAUGUCGGCGGAGGGGAGAGCGAAAAAUGAUGGUGGAUGGGUGGUGCCUGGGAGGGAGGGAAGAGUGUAUGAGAAGGGAAGCAUAUGA